AAAUCCCGACUCGGUCUGCCUUUAACGCGCAAGAGGCUCCCUUCGCCUGUAGUUGCUGCUGCUCCCGGCGGCGUCGACGAAGGAGGGGUGGGGCGGGGCGGGGGCGCCCGUGCCUGGCCGAAGAAGAGACGGGCACCUGGAGGUUUGUUGUGGAAAACUUGGUUACCUGGCCAGUGGAUGCUGCUGCCGCCACCGCCGCGGCAGAAGGAACUUUGCUUGCGGGCAAUUUAAAAAAAAAAAAGCCGGGUCCGCCACAGCUGGGGACGCCCGUCAGAAACAGCCCCGUGGCAGAAGAUUUGGGAUUUGGACGCCCCGUUGCCUCGAGGGGGGGCUUCGCCAAAAUCCGGGAAAACGUGGGCGACUCCGUCAGCGGCCCGCUCCAGAUCCGGAGCGAGGCAUCCGAAGAGGGCCAUGGCUUAAGGCAACUAAACUGCACAUCAGAGGAAAUCACUGAAACAUCAUUGGAUCUUCACAAAUAUUGGCAUAAUGCACUAUGGAAAAGUUAUUGACUGCUGAUCGAUGUCUUCAAUAUCUGGGGAUUUUGACAGCAUAUCUUUAGGAGACGAAUCCUUUGGCAAUGAAUGUCAGAGCAUGUUCUAUGAGCCACCGGACAACAUACACUCCUCACAGGCCUGGGAUGGUAAAUGCGCAGCAGAAUCCAUCUAUUAAACUGCAUAUAGAAGCUCCUUCUGCUUCUUCUAAUAGCACCCCAGGUCCUGCUAUUGGAAACCUAUCGACCGCCUCAUAUUUAAAGACAUCUCUUGGAGGAGGUGUGGCUCAUCAGAGCAAUGCCAUUAACUGUAAUAUUAACUUUCCUGCUUUAAGUCCGAAGAGACAAAUGGUUACAAAUGGAAAGUCUUUAUUCCAUGUCCCACAGCAACCAGGGGUAACAACUCCACAGUUUUUGAAGCCAAAGGAGCAAGAAUUUGGAAAUAAAUUUACUGCAAGCACGGUAAAAGGAGCAUUUGUCUGUGGAUCUCAGUGCAAGUCCAUUGGAAAAAACAGCUGCAACAAUUUGAUAAUCACCAGCAGCCCAAUGGUGGUUCAGAGACUGGGACCUCUAUCUCCUUCGACUCAGCAGGUCUCAACAGCAUGCAGCCAAAUCAGCCCUAGUUUACAGAGGGCUAUGACUAUGUCAAAUCCAGAUAUACCAUCCGAUACAAGAUCCCUCAUAUCACGGGAAUCUUUGGCGUCCACAACUUUGAGCCUUUCUGAAAGCCAGUCAAUACAGAGUGUCAAACAAGAGUGGUUUCAUGGUUAUAGAAUUUAUCCUUCUCUUCCCUCCAACUCGAGUUCACAAAACAGCAGUCAAUUCAGUGAUGUCACAAAUGCUACAUCUGGUAUAUCCAUGUCCAACAACUUUUCUACUUCAUUGCCAUCUUACUUGCUCAGCAUGGAAAACAACCAUCCCCCUUAUUCUAGCCCUCACCAUUCCUCAGCCAGAUCCCAUUCUGCGAAAAAGAGAGCACUAUCUCUGUCCCCUUUGUCUGAUGGCAUUGGGAUUGACUUCAAUACGAUCAUCCGCACCUCCCCUACCUCCCUAGUUGCAUAUAUAAAUGGCUCAAGAACAUCUCCAUGCAACAUCUCUCCUCAACCUGAAGUUUAUGGGCAUUUCUUAGGAAUAAAGGGAAGCUGCAUUCCCCAGACUUGCUCUAUACCAAAUCCUCAAAAAAGGCUUCUUAUGGCUAAUUGCAAUGCUAUCCCUCCAGAUUACAGUGAAAAUGGAAAUGGCGAAUACCAACGCAUGCAACAGUUGGAGCAAAGCAAUCUACAGCCGUUGAUCACAAAUAAUAUGAUGGUUCAACAAGGUACAUGUCUAGGAGAGAGCCAGCCUAUGGGCCUUGGGAAGGGCGGACAGGGGGAUAUUUUUUCUGGAAAUGCAAAUAGCGUUCCCUCUGCUGCUUCACUGGCUCCCCACAUGCUUCCUCCUCCCCCUGGUCCACCACCUCCCUAUCACGCACAUCAGCAUGCACUCAUCAACCAUCCCCGUCCACUUUCCUUGCCUGCAUCUAUCCAGAAGUGUUUUUUAGAUGAAGAUAGUGAACUUGAUGAUUUCAGUGGCAAGCACUGCUGUCGUUGGAUAGACUGCAGUGCUACCUACGAUCAGCAAGAAGAACUGGUACGACAUAUAGAAAAAAUUCACAUUGACCAGAGGAAAGGGGAAGAUUUCACUUGUUUCUGGGCUGGGUGCCCUCGAAGAUACAAACCAUUUAAUGCCCGUUACAAAUUGCUUAUCCAUAUGAGAGUACAUUCGGGGGAGAAGCCAAACAAAUGUACGUUCGAAGGCUGCAAGAAGGCCUUUUCUAGACUAGAAAAUCUGAAGAUUCACUUAAGGAGCCACACUGGAGAAAAACCUUACCUUUGCCAGCAUCAAGGCUGUCAUAAAGCAUUCAGUAAUUCCAGCGACCGAGCCAAGCACCAGAGGACGCACCUGGACACUAAACCUUAUGCUUGUCAGAUUCCUGGCUGUACCAAACGAUACACAGAUCCAAGUUCUCUAAGAAAACAUGUAAAAGCCCAUUCUUCUAAAGAUUUGCAGGCCAGAAAAAAGUUGCGUGCCUCUACAGAACUUGACCAAGACAUUCUCAAUGACUGCCUGAGUAUCCAGCCUAUUCAGGUCCCUUCAUCUCCCCAUGAUGUUUCUACCAGCACUGUCCAACAAUCACCGGGAAAUGUCCAUGACCUUUACCCAGCUACCAUGUUCUCCAGCACCCAUUCAAAUCAAAGUGGAACUGCUGUGGGCAAUGAACCCCCCUCGCAUGCUGUGAGCCUCUCUUCACCAAGGCCCAGUAUUCACAAGAGCCCUCACAACCCAUCAACUGCAGAUCCGGGAACAGAGAGCCCUGGGAGAAUUCUUCCUCCCCCUCCUUUCAUGCAGAAAAGAACAUCACAGCCUUCAGCCACCCAGCAAUUUGGCGAAGUGCAUUUGAAGACAAAUGGUUCACUGAGCAAUCCUUCUUUCCAGCCAAACAGCAUCCAAAUCCAAGGUGUUUAUGGGCAACUACAGACUUUCUGCUCCCCUCAUUAUACUGACAAUCAGAGAAAUAUACAACACAUUGGAGCUUGUAACAUGGUCCCUCCUUUUGAAGAUUGUUUGGUACCGACAUCUAUGGGUCAGACGGGUUUUGAUGUUUUCCAUAAAGCAUUUUCAGCACAUUCUGGUAUUACAGUUUAUGAUUUUCCAAUGGCCUUUGGUGAUUCAUUGCGCAGUGGGAUGGAAGAUGCAAGUUUCCUCCAUAUAAAUGCUGUGGAUCGUUGUCCUAGUCAAUUGUCUUCACUUUAUAUGGAAGGCUGAGGAAGCACAGACUACAGCUCUGCAUAUCAUCUCAACCAUUUAGCCUAUUAUAGAUCAUCUUCUGUUGGUCUAUGAAACUACUUGCUCAAGAAAUAAAGAAAACAUCACCAGAAAGAUCCCAACUUAACAGCUGCAGCUAAUAUAAGGUGUUGCAAGAUGUUGGGUGACAUGUAUUUGCCAAAUGUGAGCAAUUGCUUUUAAUUUGGCCUUUUCUGCUGCAUAACUGUUUCCAAGAGAGAAUGAUUACUGCACUGCUUAAUAUAUUUUUCAAUGAAUUGUUGGAAUUUUUAAAACUCUCUUGGAGGAAUUCUAAAAAUGGUCAACAACAAUAAACUUCUCACAAAAGCAGAUUUCUAAAAUAAAAAUCCUGUCUUGCAGUGCUUUGAAAUCUAAGCAUGUAAUCUUACAGGAUGGAGGGUGAAAAGGGAAUGUAUUUUUUGUGAUAUGAUGUUGGUGACAAUAAUACAAUUUGAGCUUCUUUUCAGCAUCCAGUAUUAACCGUUAGCUUAAAGAGGUAUGCUGGUGAUUUUUUUUAGCCAUGCUCACCUGAAGACAAUUUAUUCUACUGGAUUUAUGCAUUAUAAUUUAAUGUUUAUGUUUUAUGUGAUGAAUUCUCCAUAGAAAAUUUUAAAACGCAGAUAUACAGAUUUAGAAUAGAGAUUCUCCAUUAAUGCUAGCAAAUAAUUAAUGACAUUUUGAUAACUUUUACAAUGUUUGAUAUCAGUGGUGGGUUUCAAAAUUUUUUACCCCCGGUUCUGUGGGUGUGGCUUGGUUGGCGUGGGAGGGGAAGGAUACUGUAAAAUCUCCAUUCCUACCCCAAUCCAGGAGAAGAUUACUGCAAAAUCCCUAUAUCCUCCUGAUCAGCUGGGACUUGGGAGGCAGAGAAUAGAUGGGGGCAGGGCCAGUCAGAAUUUUUUCUACCGGUUCUCCGAACUACUCAAAAUUUCUGCUACUGGUUCUCCAGAAGUAGUCAGAACCUGCUGAAACCCACCUCUGUUUGAUAUGCAUGUGAGAAAGAUAAGAGCAGUGAUCUGAAUUAGUAGUGUGUUGCAGGGAGAGGAAAGCCAAUUCUCCCCUAUCAGUCUUCUCACUAAACUGAAUUUAUCUUUCCUAUCUGCUAUACUAAUUGGAGCACUCAAAUGGAGAACCAAAUACAGGAACAGAAAUUGGGAGGAAACUGAGGAUUUCCACUGAAGAAGAAGAAGAAAAGAAUUAAAUAUCUUCUCCCAAAUUUGAAGUUCUGAUCAAAAACGUAUCAGCCUCGCAUGUCAUUUCAGAUCUUUGAGGUCACACAUGUUACAUUCAGAAUUUUUGUACAUCUGUGAGACAUAUUUUGUACUUUAUUCAUCAUGUAUUUUAAAAGUUUAUUUUUCCAACAUUAAUAUUGCACAUACUGUAUGCUAGUAUAUAAAUCUGAUGGGUUUUUUCCUAUGGUACUUUCUGUCCUCUUUUUGCUAAAAACAGUUAGCACAUCAGGUAUUAACUCCAUUGAGAAGGCUUUUGUGUUGUUUUUGAAUGGUUAUAAAUAUGUUUGGAAAGUAAAAUGUGGAUUUGCCUUUCAAGGUAUGGUCUUUGUCAUAGCUACAGAGACAUAUAAUUCAAACAGCAGCCUUCUUUGUUCAUUGUUUACUUGUGGCUUGUUUAGUCAUAUUGUGGCCAACUCAUUUGAAAAAUUUCUCACUGUGCCUGGUCUUCGGUAAUGACCUGUUAUUGCUAAAGAAAAAAAAAAUCUGAGAAAGAUGUCAGCCAAAGGAAUUGUUGUACAUAAACUAUAAUAAGAAUAAAUAGAAAGUUUCUAAAAUCAUCA